AUGACCUCCUACGAAAACGACCCGUUCUACCUUAGGUACUACACAGGACACUCUGGCAAGCACGGCCACGAGUUCUUGGAGUUCGAGUACUCCCACGGACGCCUUCGUUACGCAAACAACUCCAACUACCGCAAUGACAGUCUCAUCCGCAAAGAGAUGUGGGUUGGCCCACUUGUCGUAAAGGAGCUCAAGCGUAUCAUCGAGUCGAGCGAGAUCACCAAGGAAGACGAUACCAAUUGGCCCAAGAAGAACAUCGUUGGGAAACAGGAGCUCGAGAUCCGCGUUGGCAACGACCACAUCGCUUUCGAGACUGCAAAGAUUGGCUCGUUGGUUGAUGUCGCGGACAGUGAGGAUCCGGAGGGUUUGCGUGUGUUCUAUUAUUUGGUGCAGGACCUGAAGUGCCUGAUCUUCUCGCUGAUCUCCCUCCAUUUCAAGAUCAAGCCGAUCUAAAAGGGCUUGGCUUGGUCACCAACGCCCGGUUGCGACUGGCUUCACGCCUGUGUCGUAGUCUCUCUCUGUCUGUUUAUCGUAAAUUGGUGGUGUUGAAUGAAUGUUUCUGUACUUGCUUG